AUGGAUCCAGCCUGGGUGUCUCAUGUCACCAACGAGCUUUCUCAGAUGCGUCAAGAGAUAGUCGCUCUCCGCAACGAGGUCAAUGCGCUCAAUAACGACGCGUCAACCGACCUCCGCCGCGAGGUGAACGCCAUCUGGGAUCAGUUCAGGCUCAGCUUCGACAGCAUCAUUGCCAUCAGGAACGAAAUGCUUUUGAAGUUUGCCCUGGUCGACAACUACCACGCGAUUCACUACAACAACAAGCUCAUCUUCAGCGGUGACCGCAACCUUGCUCAUCUGCGCUCCAUUGUCAACUUUAAGCCCAUUCCCGGCUUCCCCGCCACCGUCGACGACAUCGGCCGUCUCACCGCAAAUGCUGUCGACACCAUUCUCGAUCACCUCGAUGGCAAGCGCGAUGGUCUGCUGUUUGAGAGGAAGGAGCGCCUCAGGUCCAUCAUUGGCUUGGUCAAGAACGCUCCGGAGCUGACUUCGCAGCACGAGUGA